GAGCUGGUGAACCGUGUGGACAGCCUCUCUUGGGUCCUGCACAGAGAAAUCGGCCGAUGGAGGAGGAACCCAACAUAGGCUAGAUUGCAGAGGCUGAGGGCCCCACGGCCUGCCAAGUAGCCAGCAGCUGUCUGACGCCUAACGUGCAACUGGUGCCAUAGCGCGAUCGCCAAGCCAGCCACCCACUGUCUAGCAGUACCCUCUCCAAUCUAGGAGAUGCGCCUUCCCCCUUCCUUCCCCGCCACCUCCCGCUUCAUUCAGGGCUUGGGGGAGCCGCGGUUCCGAGAAGUAGCAGACCCGCAGCCAGAAGGCUUGGGCUGUUGAGUAAGCAGCCCCUUCUUGGUCCCAGCCUUCCCCGCCCCUCGCGCUGCGCCUCCAGUGAGUGACAGAGCCCCGCGGCGGCCCCGCCCCCGGUGCCCGGCCUGGAGCUGUGCGCGGAGCGGAGGGGAGGGCCGGCCGGGGCGGGGAGGGCCGGCAGGGGCAGGAAUGCGCGGAGGGCGGGCGGCGCAGGAGGCGAGCGGCGGAACAUGUAAGGGCACAUCCAGCGAGCUGCCGCUCUGCUCUCAGACAGAGCCCAGGGGAGCAAGAGAACGGGCGCACUGCGGGGCUCACGGGCUAGGGAGAGGCGGAGGCACCCGGCAGAGGCGGGUCGGGCUGGGCCAGCUCCGGUCGGGCGGAGGAGCCGGUGCCAGCUGAAGCUGGGCUGUGGGCGCGGCGUGCGCGGGGGGCACGGACAUCACCUCCCCGGCAGCGGGGUGCUGAGGGCCGCGGUGCGGGCGCGCGGGGCAGUCAGGGCGCAGGUGAGCACGGCUCACGGCCAGCUGGCCCUGGGCGCCAGAAUCCGACGCUGCGGGGCCAAGAAGGGCCCCGCGACCGCCGCAGCCUGCAGCUCUCCGCGAACCUCGAGGCGCCCAUGACGGCGGCGGCGACGGCCACCGUGCUCAAGGAGGGCGUGCUGGAGAAGCGCAGCGGCGGGCUGCUGCAGCUGUGGAAGCGGAAGCGCUGCGUACUCACCGAGCGUGGGCUGCAGCUCUUCGAGGCCAAGGGCACGGGCGGCCGGCCCAAGGAGCUCAGCUUCGCCCGCAUCAAGGCGGUGGAGUGCGUGGAGAGCACCGGGCGCCACAUCUACUUCACGCUGGUGACCGAAGGCGGCGGCGAGAUCGACUUCCGCUGCCCCCUGGAAGACCCCGGCUGGAACGCCCAGAUCACCCUAGGCCUGGUCAAGUUCAAGAACCAACAGGCCAUCCAGACAGUGCGGGCCCGGCAGAGUCUCGGGACUGGGACCCUUGUGUCCUAAACCACCGGGCGCACCAUCUUACCUUCAUGCUACUCACCACCUCGGUGCUGAGGUCAUGGCAGAUGAUGAAGCUGAAACUCAGAGAAGCAAAAGCAGUUGCCUGAGAUUCCGCAGCCAGCCGGUGGCUCAGAGUGGAUUCCUACCCUCUGACUCUGGAUCCUAUGCUCUUCUCACCACCUCACGGUACCUCCCUGGCAUUUGAACUUCCUGGUUGAAACUGAGGAUGGAGAGAGCAGGUGUGGCUCAUCACAAUCCCCUGGUCAUCCGGUUGCGCUGCGCUGUCCUCCUCACCAGCACUGCUAAUUGCACUCCAUUCCAACAGCUCAUGGCCCUUCACACACACAAAGGCCCCGCUCCCCUGCCAGGGAAGAGAAGGUCAGUUGCCCAACCUGUCUGAGUUCACGGAGCAUGUCGCCAACUAAGCAAGAAGGAGGACACACAAGUCUGGCCCUGGAAAACCCUUGGCUGACUCUGUCGAGGGCAUGGGCCUCCAAGCUCACUGAGUCAGUGCAGAUAGAGGAACUGAGUUGUGAAAACAGCUCUAAAAAGCAAACAGCAUCUAUUAAUUAGACUUGACUCGGGUGGUCAGGACUGCGGUUUGGAAUUGUCAGCUACUUAUGCAAAGGGGACUUUAGGUCACUCUGUGCUUACUCCGUUUCCAAAACACGCAGAACCAGCGGAUGCUCCUCACAGUCCGGGUGGCCUCCCACAUGGCUCCUGCCCAGUCUGUUUUCCAGUGGAAAAAAACACAGGCUCCUCCCUGGAAGAUUCCUGGAAGACCCUUCCCCCCAUCUUCACCUUUCAGUCAUGGAAGCUUCGUCAUCACUGCUGUGUUUCUUUCCAGGGCUCUUUCAGAGAACAAUCUGGGGUGUUCCUCAUCACAUGAUCGCAACAGCCCUGUGAGGUUGGAAGAGCUGGGACUAUUUCCCGAUAGAUUACAGAUGGUCAUGCUAAGGCUCUGGGAAGUGAAGUGUCUUCCCCAUGGUUAAGCUGGGGUCCUGGAUCUGGAAUUACACCUAGACUAUCUAGUCUGGAAUUAGAAAGACAAAUGUUUUCAGCCGGGCGUGGUGGCUCACGCCUGUAAUCCCAGCACUUUGGGAGGCCAAGGCAGGCAGAUCACUUGAGGUCAGGGGUUGGAGACCAGCUGGGCAACAUGGCAAAACCCUGUCUCUGUUAAAAAUACAAAAAUUAGUCCAGUAUGGUGGCACGCACUGUAGUCCUAGCUACUUAGGAGGCUGAGGUAUGAGAAUCGCUUGAACCCUGGAGACGGAGGCUGCAGUGAGCCAAGAUCGUGCUACUGCAUUUGUGAGACCCUGUCUCAAAAAAAAAAAGACAAAUAUACCCAUCCAGGGCCCUCUGCUGAAGGCCGUGGAAUUUGGGCAUCUUGAUUAGUUGAGUUUAACAAGGGGAUAUCCUCCACGCUCUGUCUCCUGGCCUCUGCUAGGUAUCCUGUGGCUCCUCUCAGCUUAGCCUGCAAGUCCUGUUUGUAGUCAGGAUCCUCUGCCAGGGCCGACUGCUCACAGAGGUUUCAAAAUAAAGGUACUAGUAAAUCCAGGGUGCCUGGAGGGCUGUGGGAGGACCUGAGUCCACUUUGUUUUUCCCAGUGCCUCCUGAGCUCCUAGACCCAAAGCUGAGAGGUCUUCUGCCUGCACAGUCUGGUGAGGGGACCACCCUGACCCCAGCAACCGAGCCCUUCCUCUUCUGCUCAGCUGCUCAUGGGCCUGGGCAGAACCUGCUGCUAGAACUGACUUGAAGCAGCCCCCUGGUUCCCUGUCCUAGACUGGAGGGUGCAGGAGGGUGGGGUUCGGUAAUUUUUUUAAGUUGUGCUCACUGCUGGAUUCUCAAGUGAGUGGCUGGCAUAUGGUGGGUGAGUGUCCAGUAAAGACCUGUGGAAAGUGUGAAAUUACGCAUGUGUAUAGUGUGCACUCAUGCACCUGCGUGCAUGUGUAUGUGUAUACUGUCUUGCGGGCUUAUUGGCUCCCGGGGUAAGUGUUUUCUGUUUGUAGGUGGAUGUGGGCUAGGCUCCUGGGAGCUCCUGGCACACUUCAGAUGAGUGAAGCUGGGAAGAAAUCAGGCAGGUAUGCAGUCGAGGGAAAUACAGUGAGAGGACACCUAAGUGGCUCUCAGCAGGAACGCUGGCAGCCUGCACCCUCAUUCAAGCUGUCCAUUACCCAGCCCUAUGAGGUUGGGCAGUUCCCUCCUUGCUGGGCGUCACCUUCCUCACUUGUAAAGCAAAGAGCCUGAAGUAGGUCAGUAGGUUCCAAAUCCUGCAGAUGGUCAGACUCUCCCAGGUGCCUAUUAAAAGCACAGAACCCUAUCACUACUUGCAGCCCACUGAAUCCGAACCUCUGGAGCUGGCCUAGGUUUCAGCAUUUUUAGUAAGAAGUCCCCACAGUGAUUCUGAAGUUGGCAGCCCAAGGGAAGGAUGCUUAAUGAUCUUAGUGACAUUCAAGGACUCAGGGCACAUAAAAACCGUGGCUGCUGUCCUGGUUCCCGGGGUUUAGGACCCGGGUGAUUGGUGGAGAGUCAUUGAAAGAAGCCUGCUGAAUGGUGUUACACACACACGCCCUGCAAUCUUAUACACAUCCAUGUAGCCUCACACGCCAGGGUCCUGGGGAGCACCAUUUGUAACAAGGGCAAUCUCAUUCCUCCCUUUCCCAUGUCUUCCUCAGGCUGUCACUUGUCUUUGGUGAUUUUCUUUGUCAGUUCUCAUUCAUGUCCAAAUAUUCACUGGAGAAGAGAGCUCCAUGGGCAGUUGGCUUCUGGUCACACUCGUACUGGUCUGGGCAUCAGUUUUCACAAAUAUAGAAUAGGAACUAUUAGCCUCCCUCCCUGCAGGAAUACUAUAUAAAUGAACAAGGUCAAAAAUACAACACAAAUAAGCAUAUAUAAAAAGUAAACCCUGGCUAUAGACACACUGUCGCUGAUUUGCUUGGGCUGCUCUCUGCAGUGGCAGCCCUCUCUGCACCAGUCUUUCCUAUAGAACUCUCUGGUCUUCUUCAGCCUCUGUAGGUCUACCUACCUAGUCCCUUCUGCUCCUUUGAGACUGAUUUCUGGAGCCAUGGUGACAGACAGACUGUAAGAUGCCCCUGCCCAUGAGCUCUGCCUUCCAGAAUUCAUCCCCUUGUGUAAUCAUUUCCUUCUGAGAGUGAACGGCCUCAUGACUUGCUUCUAACCGAAAGAAUGGGAAUAGGAUGGGAUGCCACUUCUGUGGUUAGGCUACGUAAGAUUGUGAUUUCCAUCUUGCUCAUCCUGACUCUCUCCCUUGCUCAUUUUGAUGAAGCAAGCUGCCAUGUUUUAAAGACCCACUUGGCAAGGAACUGAGGGUAGCCAGGGUGGCUUCUGGUCAAAGCUCACAAGAAACUAAAUCUACCAACAACUGUGUGGGCUUGGAAGCAGGUCCUUCCUCAGUCAAGCCUUCAGAUGAGACACCAUCUUGGCAGAUACCUUGACUGCAGUCUUGUGAGGGACCUUGAAGCAGAGGACCUCGUCAAGCCAUGCCUGAAUUUCUGACCCAUAGAAGCUGUGAGACCAUACGUGUGUGUUAUUUUAAGUCACUAAAUUUGUAAUAAUUUGUUACAUAGCAACAGAUAACUAAUAUGGACAUCUUCUUCAGGAAGUCUUGCCAGAGUUCUUUUCUUACCCCUAGUCAGAGCCAAGCGCUCCUCCUCUGCAUACAUCUGUCAUUACCCUUUACACAGGCUUACUGGUUCAGCCUUGGUUUACUUGUUCAUAUCUCUCUCCAGGUAGGGAUGACAUCUCUUUACUGUUGAUCUCUAGUGCUUAGCCCUGUGCCUGGCACAUAGUAAGGUUUAGUAAGUGUUUGCUGAGUGAUUAAGAUUAUAGAAUCUCUAUCCCUCUUUACCUCCCUGCCUUUCCCUAGAUUUGGCAGUUUGCCUUCUCAAAAAGUAGGAGUGGAUCACCCUGAGAUUACUGGCUACUAGAAGGCACCAGAGUGCCCUGGGCUGUGCGAGCAGGCCAGGCUAGCACAGAGAAGGUGCUCAGGAUUCAGGCCCAUGGUCUUGGAGGCCACAUGUGUCACCAAGAGGCUGAGAGCGGGCGGAAGAAGAGCUGGGCUCCUCUGCUUUCCACCUGGGCAAUUCACCUUCUUUAGCUGGCCUGCUCAGCGUAGACUUCCUACCUUCCUUCUUCAGGUCAUCCUGGAAUGUUCCGAAGCUGGAAUGUCAUCGUUUUUUUUUUCCUUUUGAGACCGAGUUUUGUUCUUGUUGCUCAGGCUAGAGCGUAGUGGUGUGAUCUCGGCUCAGUGCAACCUCUGCCUCUCAGGUUCAAGCAAUUCUCCUGCCUCAGCCUCCCAAGUUGCUGGGAUUACAGGCAUGUGCCAUUAUGUCCAGCUAGUUUUUUUUUUUAAUUUUUAGUAGAGACAGGGUUUCAUCAUGUUGGUCAGGUUGGUCUCGAACUGCUGACCUCAGGUGAUCCAUCUGCCUCGGCCUCACAAAGUGUUGAGAUUGCAGGUAAGAGCCACUGUGCCCAGCCUGAAAUGUCAUUUUGACCAAUUAAAAGUGCUAUCCCAUGGCAGGGCAGAUGAAUUCCUUCAAAAGGAAAUUCUCCAACACAACAUAGAAAAAGAGCCCCUUCCUGAGGGAACCAGGGCUGGGCAUAUGUUCUUCUCCAUUCCAUCAGGUGAGGAGAGUAUACUGGAUUCCUGGGGCUGCUGUAAGAAACUGCCACAAACUUGGCUGCUUAAAACAACAAAAAUUCCUUCUCUUGCAGUUCUAAAGGCCAAAGGUCUGGAAUCAAUGGGCUGAAGUCAAGGUGCUGGCGAGGCCGUGCUCCCUGUAGUGGUUCUAGUCUGCAGUCUACGGCGAGGCACAGGCCAGUCCCGCUCCACAAGGACUGAACGAGGGCCCGUGUCUGGUGGGUGUGAGAGCACAGGCUGAGGCCUCUUGCCUGACGUGGGACCCCUCGGUCUGGCAUUUGUCAGUGAGGCAGGCUGGGGGCAGGCCCUAGAGCUUGGCAGGAGGUGCAAACUGGCCUUGGCAGGUGCUGUUCCACUGCCACCAUGCCAGAAGUGUAAGUAGUCUCACCGCCAUCUGGGGCCCCAGGAAGGCAAGUCCCUUUGCCACAGACUUCAGCCCCAUAGUGGAGGCACCCUGUUUUCAACCCCCACGAAGCUUUUCCCUAAGAGACCAGAUCCUGAAACAGAGAUGGCAUUUGAUGGUUCUCCCGUGUUGCAUGUGUCCUCCCAGCCACCUAGCAGAACUCACUCCCAGGUUGCCCUGGGAAGGCCUUUUGGCCUGUGCUUCAGAGUUUUCCCGUCUUGAUCUGUCACACGAAUUGCAUGUACCAGGCCACCGCUUAACACUGGUGCAGUAGAUAAACGAAGCUUUGGGAAUUUACCCACAUGCCCAUGGAUGGAUGCUUCCACGUUACUGGAACACUACCCCGAGGCUUCCCUGAGGCUUCCCUCACCUUCAACCACUUCUCCCCAACUUAUGACAUCCAGUACCUCCCAAUAAGAAUGCCUGGUAGUUCAAAGGGCUGUUGGGUUUUAUUCUGUUCUGCCGGAACCUUGAACCGCUCUCCCUGCCUGAUGCCUGAUGAGUGUCUGGCUCACUGUCAUCACCGGCCCCUUGCCCCACAAGCUGGUCUGUGAGGCUCUGCGGCUGCACGGGUAAUCCUCGUUGUUCAUACUCACUCUGUGCUCUGCUCUUUCCCUGUCCUUCCUGUGAUGGAUGCCUGAAGCGAG